AUGCGAUCAGACUGUGACCCAAUUCUUCCACUCUAUGCACGGUCGCGAAAGGAGCGAGCGCGUGUCCCAGAGCCAGUGGAGGUUGAUGGCAAGUUCUACGACGUGAUGGGAGUGAGCUCGGGUCAUGAAUUGAUACUCCGUGAUCAGCGUGCCGUCCAUGAAGAUAUCCGAAUUGAGCAGUUUGCUGGCCGACCGGUCAUGUUCGAUGGUGUCUGCUGUCGCGUAGUUUCUCUACACACCACGCCUGAUCUGCAAGAGUCAACCCUCCAGCUCAUCAACCCGCGCGAUCCAUCGUCGAAGGUCACUGUACUCAAUGCCGACAUCGCACGGCUCCGAUUUCCAGGUGCCAAUGGGGACCAUACGUUGGGUCGUAUCAAACAUGGCAUCGUGCGCAUGGCCCCUGUGGUGUCUCGUACCAAGAUCAAAGUUCCACUCAAGCCUAAUGAUCGAUUUGAGGCCCGCCUCCAUAAUUGUGAGCUGGAGGGUCCAUAUUCUAUCCAUGUCUGCGAUAGAGGCCAGCUCGUUGCAAGUAGCAUAAUUCAUGGUGCUAAGCAGCAGCGAAUUGUGGUUCAGCCGGAUGAGAUCGCACCACGCUAUGUGACUAUCAUGUCAUUGGACUUUGGUGCUAAUUUUGAUGUCGAUAUUUUCUUGUAUCGAGAAGACCAACUUCGCGGCAAGGCAAACAUUAUCAAGGCUAAGCUAGGCGGCGAGCUUAUCCUAGAUCCUUUGUUGGGCAGCCUACCCUGUCACGUGGCACCGGUGUUAACCAAUGGUGCUGAGCAUCUCGCGGUGUUCGAGCAGUUCAUCCGUGACAGGGCUCAGCCGGUUGCUGAAGCGCACACAUAUGGCGUUGAUUGCUCUCGACGAAGACUGACUAUUCUAAACCUCUCAAUGUGUAACCAAGGUGAUGCGCACGGAGUCCUCAAUGCAUUGAUUGAUUUCCGACGUCAGAAUCCGGGUGCGGAUAUGUCGAUUGUCAUAUCUAAGCUUGGACCAACAGAGUUUCUGGAUUCCUUAGAAUACUUCACGUUUCUCAAGAGCCUUGAGAACCAUUCUAUUCGUAUCAAUAUGUUCGCGACUUCUGAUGGACAAAAGCGCCAAGUGAUCCAUGGGAAGGCGAUCGUUAUCGACAAUCAAGUCCUUUUUAGCACCGGAGCUGUCAUGGACACCCGACCAAUCAAUAAAGCGGACUUCUCCAUCGGACUACCUGCAGCAGCCGCUACAAUGUUUCGGCACUAUACAGAUAGGGCCAUUCAUGGGGAGGCAAACGAUGAGCUUCGUGCUAGGCUUGCUUCUGAGCUUGCAAGUUUGGGUGUUAUCAUCAACGACCCAGUCGCAAAUCUGCCAUGGAUAACCCGCGCCCAGGAUGCUUUAAUUCGAGGAGCACGGCGCAAAAUCAUCCUCCACAUAUCAGAGCUGGUCGAUCCAAUCAUGACACAGAUGUUGAUUGACCGCGCUGCAAGUGGUGUUGAUGUCACUCUUCAGGUUCGCGAGGUUGACCCGAAAUCUGCGCUACUUCUUGCGGACGCAAGAAGGUGCUGUUCUAAUCUCCAAGUGGAAGAUACAAGCUGGUGGGAACCUCGUCCGCACUUCAAUGUAAUCAUCGCCGACGGAAGCUUCGCCUAUCUUGGCUCAUCCUACAUUUGGCCAACACAGUGUCAUAUGGUUCACCAGGGUCGUUCAUUCGAAAAUGGUGUUUUGCUUAGUGGAGAUGCCAUAGCAAGUCUUAUUCAGCAGCUUGGCGACCUCCGUGCCCAUGCACAUGCAACGGACACGAUACCUUCAUUUGCCGAGACGCUGAGAACAUGGAAGCUGCAAUAUAGUCUUAAAAACCCUUGCAGCUUUCCAAAAUACCUUAUCUGUCUAGAGGCCUGGCCUACCUUGACCCAUCAAACCCAUUUAGAACGUGCCCACUAA